ACGACAGCUUGAGCCAUGGCCUUUCUAGCUGACGUUCAAAAGGAGGUGUGUGACGGAGAAGUUCCAGCGUUGCCUUUGCGGUGGUGGGGGCUGUUCGCCGGCAUUCUAAAUUUCUUUUUCUUCGGAUGGGGAACCAUCCUGGCCGGUGUCCGCAGUGAUCGGCCCACCACGAUCUUCAUAGGGGUGCUGCAGAUUUUCUUUCCGCUAGGGCAAGACUCGAUACCUCCUUCCAAUGAGAUCAACCUCGAUAGCUUGUCUCGCAAGGGACGGAUAGAACGGUAAAAAUUUCAUUUUGGGGUCUACAUUUCUCCAUCCUCCUCCACCAUGUACAGGGAAACAAAGCCCCUGCCUAAACGGAUAUAGAAGUAAGACCCUCCUAAGCCGUUCCUCGCACUCCAGGAAGAGAUUUCAGUGGAAACCAGCAGCUGUACCUCUACUCAUGUCAAUUGCCAAAGACAACAUCCUAACUCUUAUUAUUCACACCCAUUCUGCCCGUCUUCCCCUUCAUUCCCCAUCAACAUCCUCCCCCAAAUGUGCGGUCCAAAGAGGUAUCCACAGCCCUAAGUCUAGCUCCUUUUAAUUGCCUGAAGCAUGCUCCCAUUUCCUCCCUCGUCUAUGCAUUUCCCCUCUCGUUAGAUCACAGCUUUCCCUUCCUCCCCUCUCUGCGUGGUAUUGAUUCCGCCUGACUUUUACAGAUUCCCCUUCCCGCCCGC